AGGGUAUGCUGUGAUCCGACCUGUUGCUUGCCCCCUAUAAGGAGGUUUAGCUAGCAGAAGCAAAGAGAUAUUCUUACUAGUUGUGACUAUUGUUUCCCUAACUGUGAAGUGUUUGUGUUUGGUUAGAAGCUGCGAAAUAAACGCUAUAAAUAUACUGAUCAAUGUUUUUGGCAAUAUGAUUUGAUCGCUGUUGCAAAUUUACUGUGCUUACAGGUUAAGUUAGUUAAAGGCCGGUAUUAGGAGCUAUCGACAAAUAAAUAGCCAAGUGUGAAUGCGGUAUGGCUGAAUGUAAGAGGGAUAACUAUAAACUGCAUGAGAAAUUUGACUACUGGCCAAGCGCAAGAACGACACAAGCUCGACUACGAUAAGUCGACGGAACCUGCAAGCAAUAUCCAAGAUGGCAUCGCAGCCGUCAAACGUGACCAGUUUACUAUUGGUCUAAUCUUGGCCAUCAGUAGCAGUUUAUUUAUAGGAUCAUCAUUUAUCGUAAAGAAGAAGGGACUGCUUAGGCUUGGUGGCGCGUCAGGAAAAACACGAGCUGGCGCGGGCGGUUUUGGAUACUUGAAAGAUUGGGUCUGGUGGACCGGAUUACUGCUUAUGGGCGUGGGAGAAAUAGCUAACUUCGCUGCAUACGCCUUUACUUCAGCUUUACUUGUGACACCCUUAGGGGCUUUAAGCGUCCUCGUGAGCGCGAUGCUCUCGUCACACUUCCUCAAUGAGCGGCUCAAUCUGCUUGGCAAGGUCGGCUGUCUUCUCUGCAUUCUCGGCUCGACAGUGAUCGUUCUGCACAGUCCGAAAGAGGGCAACGUGAACCAUGUCAAUGUCCUGGGUGUGAUGUUGUUGGAACCCGCAUUUUUGAUAUAUGUCGCUCUCGUGUCAAUGGCGUCGAUUACCCUUAUCUGGGUUUAUGCUCCACGUUACGGUCAAAGCAAUGUCAUCAUCUACAUUCUCAUUUGUUCUCUAAUCGGCAGCCUCUCGGUGACCUCAUGCAAAGGUCUGGGCUUAGCCAUACGCGAGACUAUCGAUGGAAACAACCAAAUGUUCCAUUGGGUCACCUGGGUUUGCUCUAUUUCCGUUGUACUCUGCGUGUCGGUGCAGAUGAACUAUUUGAACAAAGCUCUAGACAUCUUCAAUACGGCCAUAGUUACUCCGAUCUACUAUGUGUUUUUUACGACGUUUGUUCUAAUCGCAUCAGGGAUACUGUUCAAUGAAUUUGCGAACCUGACGGAGACUGACACGCUCGGGCUUAUGUCCGGCUUCAUGACGGUCAUAUGCGCGAUAUUCCUGUUGAACGCAUUCAAAGAUAUGGACAUAUCAUGGAGCAACGUAGGUGGCUCGCUGUCGAGACGAAAUAGGGAGCGCUUUACAUCGUCAAUAAGGGAAGAGGAAAAUUUAAUAUUAUAGUUGUUUUCUAUAGCAGUUGACAGUCAGUCAGAAUUAAGCAAUAAGAAUUACACAUUCUUAACGUCCAUGGAAAGCACAUAAACUUGACUAACCGUGUUGUUAUUGUUGUGUGUAGGGAGCGUGUAACUAUGGAGGUAGUCAUGUAUGAGAGGCAGACAAAUGGUGUUUCCUUUUUUAAUCAGUUUAUUUUUAUCCCAGAACUCGUCACAGAUAUUUGAUUGUUAAACAAAUUUGUAAUAUGCUGAUACCGGAGUUUGCCAAAAUAAUGUGCUGUUUGGGGGCAAAAAGCAGCCCUGUGUCAACACUGCAAUGUUUUGAUGUCUAACUAAUCAUGACGAAUAUACUAGAUUAGCUUUAAAAAAAUAAUCUCAAUACUUCCAGUUACCGUUAUUUUCAGUUAAUGUUCUGAAAUUACUUGUUACAGCUUGAAAAAGCAAAUAUGACUGGAACAGAUAUAUGUUAUUUUUUUAGCAACUGCUCAUCAACUUCCUUGUUACUCCGUUGAGCUUGACGCACUCUGGUACUCAGUAUUACUGACCUUCGUCGAUUGCUCUUACUUCCUUGUGAACAUCUAUAAGCUUCAGCCUUCAGAAUUUUAGGUUCAUUAACAAUUUUUGAAUAAUAUGAUGUAAUAUAUUGUAAAUAUGGCAUCGCCA